CAUCUUUUUUUGAGAGCCCUCGCUUAUCAUCAAGGGACCUCAUUUUAUCCAUCCGUGACAAAUGAUCAAAAAAAUAGAGUAGGCCUACUAUGGUAAGCACGCUGACGUUAAUAGACUCCGUUUAAUUUCACUAAUACGGUACGCUGAAGGAUUGAAUGAGCUAAAAUAUUUUUAGACUGACACUAGGCGACACAAAGCGUUUGGUAGAUGCACCAAUUAUGAAUAAUAUUAAUAUCAACCACGUCAACAACAAUAAUAACAAUGGCUGCUUUAUAAAUUAUUGCAUUUUUAUCGGUUAAUGGGGUCGUGGCCAAAACACGUCAUUGCAACUUGCAGUUGGACAAAGGUUCCCUAAUUUGUAGGCUUAUAUUGAGUUGACUACAGUCCAUAUUUAUUUAACGUAUUACAUUCAAAUGACCGCUAGUAGACUACAAGCAUUAUAUAAUGUAGGCUAUUGUUUUGUUUUUCUUAAUAUAUGUACAUUACAGUGUCUAACAUGCUAUGUGUUGUGUCUCUUUUUUAUUCUAUUACACGUCCAUCCCUGUGUUAUACGUGGUUUGACCUGAUUGCGGGGAUAUAUAAAGUAUUAGUCCUACUCCAUCUGGCCCCCGGGUGCGCGUGUCAAUGCGUGAAAGCCGCUACUGUCUCUUUAAAUUUACCCAGGAGCCCCUUAAGGAGCCCCAGGGGCCCCUAGUACGGCUCCCCACCCUGAAGACAAGCAGAACCUUAAAAUACAUACUGGAGGCCCGCUAAAGCGCUUUACAAACAAGAACAACACACACUCGCGGAGCCGAAGACGGACAGAGAACCGGUAAAAAUACGGUGGCGAUACAUAAAAAGUUAACUUGGCUCCCCGAGCGGAGCGCAUGUGGGGGGACGAGGGGUUCAUUUAUAAAUACGGCACAGGCACCCAAAAGCGUUGGGUCCGUCCUCGGCUGCUCGCGAAAAACGGGUGCCGAAUAUAACAUGCUAUGUAACACUGCUGUGUGAAGGCGAUUGGGGAGCCACAAUCAUAUUCCAAAAAAUCAGCCAGUAAUGGAAGAGAAAGAUACGGGGGAGAGCGAUCCUGUGGACCUCCAGUGUGCUGAGCAGACAGAUCUCGUCUCAUUAAUAAUAAGCGGAGAGGAGGAAGCGACGCAAGAGGAGAGUGACCUGGGAAACUGUUCACUACUAGGAGACGAGGACGACGAGGACGACGAAGACGGCGGCCUAGCCAACGGCCACGAUGAGGACGAAUCCCAGAGCAGCAUGGCCACGCCCGCCAGCUCCCCCCACACCAGCUACUGGAGCGUCACCGAGGGUCCGGACCAACCCCUUCUGCUGUCCCCUGCCCCGGGUCCCUCCGGCGGCGGCGGCGGCAAGGCCCCAAGGGUCCCGAGGGCCUCCCGCCAGGGCCUCAGCCGCAUCCCGGGCCGGGACCACCGGCGCUACUACCACGAGUAUUGGCGCAGCGAGUACCUGAUGGACUUUGACCGGCUGCGGCAGGGCAUGAUCUGCAUGGUGUGCGGCAGCUCGCUGGCCACGCUCAAGCUCAGCACCAUCAAGCGCCACAUCCGCCAGAAGCACCCCGACUCCCUGCUGUGGAGCCCCGCCGACAAGGAGGUGAUCCGCUCGGGCUGGGAGAGCCACCUGGGCCUGGGGGGCGCCCACAAACCCUUCUUCCCCCCGGAGGAGGAAGCAGGAGGAGGAGGAGGAGAGGGAGUGGGCGUUGGGGCGGCGCCGGACCCCGUCGGACCCCUGGGAGCGCUGGGAGCCCUGGUACCCCUGGACCCGGGUCUGGAGGAGCUGUUUGCGCAGGAUCCUCCCCCUGCAGCAGAAGCCCCUGCGACGGCUGCUGACACGGGAUACAUCGACCCCACCCCCCCGCCCCUGCACCACCCACCCCCCCAACAACCACUGGGUCCAACCCCCUACACGGGGCUGAGCGGACCCCCCCGAGCCUCCAGCGAGGAGGAGGUGGAGGAGGAGGAGGAGGAGGAGGUGCGGCGGCGGACGGAGGAGCCGAUGAAAGUGGAGACGACGAUGUCGACGGCGGGGACGGGCGUGGAGGAGCCGUCGGCGCGCACGCUGGAGCGCUACCUCAACGACUCGCUGCACGCCUGGUUCCGCCAGGAGUUCCUCAUGGAGUACGAGGCGCCGGCGGCCGGCACGGGCGUGAGCCGCCUGCUGUGCAUGGUGUGCGGGGGCCAGCCGCACUCGCUGCACCUGGACCACAUCAAGGGCCACGUGCUGGAGCGCCACCCCGACUCGCUGGUGUACAGCGCCGAGGAGAAGCACCGCGUGCUGCAGGCCUGGGCCCACGCCCACCCCGAAGAGGAGGCGGGGCCGUUCAUCAAGUCGGAGCGCGACACCAAAGACCCCGAGGCCGGGCUCUCCCCUCAGGACGCGGGGUACAUCCAGGGGGGCUACGCGCUCCCGCCGGGCCACGCCCCCCUCACUCAGGACCCCGGCGGCGUUGGCGGCGGCGGCGGUCUCAUCGGCGAGGACGGCAUCGGCGGCUUCGGCGGGGCCGUGGCCGGGACCCCCGACCACCGGGGGCCGCGGGGCCGGGGGGCCCCCAGGAGGAGGCGGCUCCGCGGGGGGGAGCCGUGGCGGCUGCGGCUGGACUACCUGGUGGCCUACGGGCCCCAGGGCCGGGGGACCUACUGCAUGGUGUGCUCCCAGGCCCUCGCCGAGACCAAGGUCAGCGGCUUCCGCCGGCACAUCCAGGAGAGCCACCCGGAGACGGGCGGCCUGGGCCGCAAGGAGCGGGAGGCCAUGGCGGCGGCGUGGACCAAAGAUUACCACGGCGACCACGUCAAAGAAGAGCUCCACCCCAGCGAGCUCGUGGCUGCCACGGCGACCGACGGCGCGGCGGCGGCGGCGGCGGCGGGGGGCGACUGGCCCUCCCCCCUCGCCGGCGGCGGCCUUCGGCGGCGGCGGCGGCGGGCGAUCAAGAAGGAGCCCCCGGGAGGUCCCGGGGAGGAGGGGGAGCAGGGGGGGGCGGCGGCGCCCGGCUCCUGCGCCGCCGCCGCCUCCUCGCGCCACACCCACUACCCGGGCAAGGACCAGCGGCGCAACUACCAGGUGCGCUGGCGCCAGGACUUCCUGAUGGACUACGACUGCCGGCGCCACGGCCUGAUCUGCAUGGUGUGCGGCUCCACGCUGGCCACGCUCAAGGUGAGCACCAUCAAGCGGCACAUCCAGCAGGUGCACCCGCAGUCGCUGGCCUACGACGCGGGCGAGCGGCAGAACGCGCUGCUCUGCUACGGCCGCGCGGCCGAGCGCUUCGUGCACGCCGACGACUGCUUCGCCCGGCAGGACCACGGGCACGGGGGCACCGGGACCACGCCCACCACGCCCACCGGACACUCGGGGACUUGAGGCGCAGCGGGCGGGCUUGGGGGGUUGGGGGGGUGGUGGGGUUGAGUUGUUUUUGUCGCCUGCUCCGGAAGGUUCUUAAGGCGGGGAUGCGUUCUGGAGGGACUUGUGAGGCAGCUGGUAGGGGGUGUAGAAGUGGUGCAGUCGAUGAGGGGCGGAGAUGGUUUUAAAGGACUAACGCUAACUGGGUCACACCGUCGCCCGCGUGUUAUGCUAGCUCUGUGCUGGGGGGGGGGGGGGGGGGGGGAGGGAGGAGGGGAAAAUACACAGGGCUCAGUUGUUCAGUUGUUUCUUGAGUCUUUACGUUCUCAGGAAGCUUGAACCAGAGUUUGUUUUUCUUUCUUGUAAAGAUUGCCAGAAAAUUAUCAUUUUUAAAGGUUAUGUGUCUGAAGACAACACAGCACUUUUUUUGUCACCCCCUCCCCCACCCCCACACCCCCCUUGAAAAAUGUUCCUUAAUCCUGGCGGUCUUCUUACUUAAUGCCAAUUUAGCGCGAGACCGGGGUUACAAGAUAUAAAAAUACGAUUGCUUAAGACAAUGAAUACCACCGUGCAGCCAUAUGACUUUUUGGCUUAGUCAUGUGUUUUUAUUUUCUGUUCACCAUCGUCGAUAGGGAGGGAGGGGAGUGUACCUCGAUUGUCAACCAUCAACACCAAUGUCUGUCGCUCAUCCUUUAUGACACAAGUCCAUACCUAUAGCCAUGUCCCGUAAAACCACCUUUGCUGCGAACUGCACACAAAUAAGAAAGUCACACGUUGUAAAUAUGUUGAAAGUUUUAAUUAUGUUUCUUUUAUACAUGCACUUUUAGGCGUCCUGGUUUGUACUAAACAACUUUUGAAUAUGCUCUUUCUACUCAACUGAACGCCAGUGCUAAAAGGUUGUUUAUUUCUUUUUUGCAUGAGGUAAGAAUUCCGUUCCAACUUCGCCGUUUGUAAAGCAUAUGUUUUACAAAAACGGUAGCAUAUGCAAAGAAUAUUGUACACAAACAAAGUCAUCAAAUGUCACUUUCCUACCAGGGAAAAGGCUCAACUCAGGGAUGCUCAAUAUUCCACGUUCCAGCUAUGCUAUGAGAUGUUAUGUUGUGCUAUUACAGUUUGUGGUCCAUCACCUUUGAGACGCAGAGAGCACCAGGCCAGCUGUGACCUGCAGAAGUGUCUCACUGGCGACAUGUGUUCAUCCCCAAGCUUUUGACAAAAACAUUGUUCACUCAACUUUUGGGGGUGGCCAAUGACAACCAAAACCAUUAGUUGUAAGUGUUCCCGUUAGACACGCCCCCAUUUACAGUUCUUAUCGUGUCAUAUUUUAGCGUUGAUCACGUCAGCCUCUCGUUCUUUACGGCGACAGAAGCCUUUUGAUUUUUGACUUGGCACUUAAGUUAUUACAUAAAAUGAAUGAAGUUACAGCUAGAUGAAUGAUUUACAAUAGAGGAAAAAGAUAUAGGACAUAUAGGUGUGUGUGUGUGUGUGUGUGUGUGUGUGUGUGUGUGUGUGUGUGUGUGUGUGUGUGUGUGUGUGUGUGUGUGUGUGUGUGUGUGUGUGUGUGUGUGUGUGUGUGUGUGUGUGUGUGUGUGUGUGGUGAGGGGGGCACUUAAAAAGACACCCAUUGAAGCACUCUGUUCCUAAACAAUCACACCAAUAGUCCAUAGCUUUUGGAAGUUGAUUCAUAAUGUUACCCUCCUAACGGCUUGAUGUCCCCCAGUUCACGUAUUAAUUAUCUGCCUGUCCACUUCAUCUACUUUUUGUUCCCUUUCUGAAUAUUUCAUACAAUAAAUCAUUUGGGGGGGAAAAAACAA